AUGUCUUUCCGUAUCACCUUCUGGUCCAUCCUUCUUUGCCUCGGUUACGCCGUUGUUGCGCUGGGACAAGAUUAUGCAGUGACGGACUACAUUGUUGCAGGGACGGGAUGCCCUCCUGGUACAGCAAAGGCAUUGAUCUCAGAGACUGGAAAGGCACUUGUCCUGGUGUACUCCAACUUUUUCGCUACAUCCGGACCUGGAACAAAGUACAGCGACAGUCGCAAGAACUGUCAAGCGACUUUCAAUGUUCAGGUCCCUGCUGGCUAUCAGUUUGCUCUCAACAAUGCUAAAUAUCAUGUGGCUUACCAACUAGCCUCAGGCGCUUCUGCAACCUAUACGACAUCAUAUUACUUCCAAGCUAGCAUCGAAGGAAGCACCGGAAACGGAUUCAUCAAUGGAACAACAAGCGGCUCGAAAAACGUCAACACCGCAUUGGCCCCUGCUGUCUGGAGCCCCUGCGGUAAAACUUCUUUAGUCAAUGUAAACACCGCUGUUCGUGUCAUUGGCGGAAAAGCCGGAUAUUUUACCGUUGAUUCCUUUGAUCUUCCAGAAAGCGCCUUCGUUUGGAGGGCCUGUUAA